ACGAAAGAGAGGUUGAAAAGGCUGGUAAUAGUGGUGGCAACAAUUUCAGCAGAUAGUUUUAGAAAGAAAGGGUCCAGAUUAUCUAGCCCGGCUGAUUUGUAAGGGUCCUGAUUUUGCAGCUCUUUCAGAACAUCAGCUGACUGUAUUUGGGAGAAAGAGAAAUGGGGAAGGCUUGGGCGAGUAGCAGAGGGGAGGGCAGUGCUGUUGACCGGGGUAGGGGUAGCCAGGUGGAAAGCAUGGCCAGCCGUAGAAAAAUGCUUAUUGAAAUUCUCAAUUAUAGUGGAUUUGUCGGUGGUGACCGUAUUUCCUAUCUUCAGGGCAGUUGGAAGCUGGGAGGAGGUGUUCUUAUUCUCCAUGGACUUUACAGUGUCCCAGAACUUUUUUGAGUUUGUGUUGCAGGAAGCAAAUUUCUGCUUGAAAAAGCUAGCCUUGGCUUUUCUAACUGCCUGUGUAUACUGGUUUCUAGCUUCCCUGAAAAGUUGCAUAUCACGGGGGCUGUUUGAUGCUAAUGCAGAACGCCAUAGGAUGUUUUUCUGAUGGUUAAGGGCAGUCAGGUCAGGAGAGAACCAAGGGCUAUAUCUGUUCCUGGUUCUAAAUUUCUUGAAUGGGGCAUGCUUAUUCAAGAUGGUGAGGAAGGCAUUUAAAAAAAAUAUCCAGGCAUCCUCUACUGACGGGAUGAGAUCAAUAUCCUUCCAGGAUACCUCGGCCAGGUCGAUUAGAAAGGCCUGCUCGCUGAAGUGUUUCAGGGAGCGUUUGACAGUGAUGAGUGGAGGUCGUUUGAUCGCUGACCCAUUACGGAUACAGGCAAUGAGGCAGUGAUCGCUGAGAUCUUAGUUGAAAACAGCAGAGGUGUAUUUGGAGGGCAAGUUGGUUAGGAUGAUGUCUAUGAGGGUACCCGUGUUUACGGAAUUGGGGUGAUACCUGGUAGGUUCAUUGAUAAUUUGUGUGAGAUUGAGGGCAUCAAGCUUAGAUUGUAGGAUGGCUGGGGUGUUAAGCAUGUUCCAAUUUAGGUCGCCUAGCAGCACAAGCUCUGAAGAUAGAUGGGGGGCAAUCAGUUCACAUAUGGUGUCCAGAGCACAGCUGGGGGCAGAGGGUGGUCUAUAGCAGGCGGCAACAGUGAGAGACUUGUUUUUAGAGAGGUGGAUUUUUAAAAGUAGUAGUUCAAAUUGUUUCGGAACAGACCUGGAUAGUAAAACAGAACUCUGCAGGCAAUCCUUGCAGUAGAUUGCAACACCGCCCCCUUUGGCCGUUCUAUCUUGUCUGAAAAUCUUGUAGUUAGGGAUGAAAAUGUCAGAAUUUUUGGUGGUCUUCCUAAGCCAGGAUUCAGACACGGCUAAAACAUCUGGGUUGGCAGAGUGUGCUAAAGCAGUGAACAAAACAAACUUAGGGAGGAGGCUUCUAAUGUUAACAUGCAUGAAACCAAGGCUAUUACGGUUAAAGAAGUCAUCAAAAGAGAGCGCCUGGGGAAUAGUAGUGGAGCUAGGUACUGCAGGGCCUGGAUUCACCUCUACAUCACCAGAGGAACAGAGGAGGAGUAGGAUAAGGGUACGGCUAAAAGCUAUGAGAAUUGGUCGUUUAGAACGUCUAGAACAGAGAGUAAAAGGAAGUUUCUGGGGGCGAUAAAAUAGCUUCAAGGAAUAAUGUACAGACAAAGGCAUGGUAGGAUGUGAAUACAGCGGAGGUAAACCUAGGUAAUGAGUGAUGAUGAGAGAGAUAUUGUCUCUAGAAACAUUGAAACCAGGUGAUGUCAUCGCAUAUGUGGGUGGUGGAACUGAGAGGUUGGAUAUAUAGUGAGCAGGGCUAGAGGCUCUACAGUGAAAUAAGCCAAUAAACACUAACCAGAACAGCAAUGGACAAGGCAUAUUUACAUUAAGGAGAGGCAUGCUUAAUCGAGUGAUCAUAAGGGUCCAGUGAGUAGAGGUUGGUUGGGGUCACGGCGAUCCAGACAGCUGGCCGGGUAGCUGGCUAUCGGUAGCAAGAUAACAUAGGAUGGAGGUCUGUUUUUUUUUUUUGGUCACCUCGUUCGUUUCCGUCGGUAGAUUAGUGGGGUUCCGUGUGGUAGAGGGGAUCGAUCCAAUUGGCAAAAUAGAUAUAGUGACCCAAGAAAAAAAUUGUCCGGUAUACUUAUUUAGAUAGCAGCCGAUAAGACAGCUAAUAAUUAGCAGAUGGGUAUUCAGAAACGUCGCAAUGGAAAAGCCUGUUGAAACCACCUCGGACAAUUACGUCGGCAGACCAGUCGUGAUGGAUCGGCGGGGCUCCGUGUCGGCAAUAAAGGGUCCAGUCCAAUUGGCAAAAGAGGUAUUGUAGCCCAAGAAUUCGCUGGUAGACCUCUUCGGCUAGCCGGCAGAUGGGCCUAGCUCGAGGCUAGCUCAAGGCUAACUGGUGCUUGUUUCGGGACAGAGGUAUUAGCCAGUAGUAGCCACUUGGUUGCAGCUAGCUAGCGACGAUGAUCCGGUGUAAUUGUCCAGAGCUUGCGUCAGGAAUCCGGUGAUGUGGUAGAGAAAAAGCAGUCCUAUAUUCUCUGGGUUGAUGUCGCGCCUGCAGACUGGCAGGUAUUGGCCCGAGCUGAAGCUGGCUGGUGUCCGAGUUAAGGGUGAAGACAUUUAAGAUGGUAGAUUGUUAAUAUCAUGUGCUAGUCAGGUUCAGCAAGGGAAGAUUAUUCAAUUGGAAAAUCAUAAUGGGACGAAGCUCAGAAGCCAUGACCCUGGAGCUUAUGCUAAAUUGAAGGGAGUAAUCUCUGAGGUCCCAAUAUCUAUGUCCAUGGAUGAUAUUGUUAAAGAACAUGUGAAGGAGGCAGAGUGUUUGAAGUGAAAGCUUAUCAGUGCUGUUGAGGUUUGAGAAGGUUUUGUCUGGAAAAGUACAGAAUAGGAUUCCUUAGCUUCAAUGUCAGAGAUUCUGACCCAGCCUCAUCAAUCAACCAAUCAAAUGUAUUUAUAAAGCCCUUCUUACAUCAGCUGAUGUCACAGUGCUUUACAGAAACCCAGCCUAAAACCCCAAACAGCAAGGUGUAGAAGCACAGUGGCUAGGAAAACCUCUCUAGAAAGGCCAGAACCUAGGAAGAAACCUUGAGAGGAACCAGGCUAUGAGGGGUGGCCAGACCUCUUCUGGCUGGAGAUUAUAACAGAACAUGGCCAAGAUGUUCAAAUGUUCAUAGAUGACCUGCAGUGUCAAAUAAUAAUAAUCACAGUGGUUGUCGAGGGUGCAACAGGUCAGCACCUCAGGAAUAAAUGUCAGUUGGCUUUUCAUAGCCGAUCAUUGAGAGUAUCUCUACCGCUCCUGCUGUCUCUAGAGAGUUGAAAACAGCACGUCUGGUGAACAGGUCAGGCUUCCAUAGCCGCAGGCAGAACAGUUGAAACUGGAGCAGCAACGGAGAAUCAUCACAGUGUUUUUAAAUGCCAAAGAAUGGAACAUGUAGCUGUUGAGUGAAAAGAUGUGCCAAGUGGCUGGUCCUGUAGUAAGAGGACCUACUGUCAGACUGAUGGAGCUUCCAUGGCUGGUCCUGUAGUAAGAGGACCUACUGUCAGACUGAUGGAGCUUCCAUGGCUGGUCCUGUAGUAAGAGGACCUACUGUCAGACUGAUGGAGCUUCCAUGGCUGGUCCUGUAGUAAGAGGACCUACUGUCAGACUGAUGGAGCUUCCAUGGCUGGUCCCGUAGUAAGAGGACCUACUGUCAGACUGAUGGAGCUUCCAUGGCUGGUCCUGUAGUAAGAGGACCUACUGUCAGAACUGCUCUUUCUAUUAGUCCUGACAUGGUUUCGAGGGUUGUUCAGAAAUCUUGCUCCCAUAAAUACGCUGUGACAAAGGAUACUUUAAUAUUGAAUAAAAUAUACUUCAUAGCUUUCAUUGGUAAGGUUAUCAACAUCUUGGAUUGUGUAAAGCAGAAAUACCAGUUUGAAAGUUAUCUUUUAAACUGCAGCAGAGUUGUUGGGGGUAACAGAUGUUACUGUCGGUAUGGUUUUUGAUAAGCUGGAUAACCUGGGGGUGGAUUGUCUCAGCAUGAUAUAGACCCCAAUGUUUGCAAACACAGAAAGGGAUCUAUUGAUAAAGUUUAUUGGGGGUGUGGGAUGGGUUUUUGGGGAAGGGGAGGUUGUGGUAGAAGUUAAUAGGGAUUUCUUGGUUUAUUUUCUUAGUACAGAAUUAGACAGACAUGGACCUUAAAUGUUUGUUUGCGGACCGCCAUGAUACCAUAGGAGGUCUGCAUCAACGGACUUCAGUGCAGGCCGACUCAGAUUAAGUCUGAGGCCGGUAACAUCAACAGUGAGAACAAACCCAGCCUGCCUCUCCUUCCACACUGAGUCCAAACCUACAGUCACUGGGUCCUGAUUGUGACAGUGGAGCCCAGUUUGCACUGCAGGAUCCAGAGAUGGCAUCAGUGAAGCUGGAAGACUGCAGUCAAACACUGGAGCUGAAUGUCAACAUUAAAGAUGAAGAAGAGGAGGAGGAGAAGAUUAGGACAACUGUUAGUCAUGGAUACCAUGUUGAGACAUUCUCUACAUCCAGAGUGCAACAGCAGGAAGAUCAGAGAGCGAAGAGGUCUCAUCACUGCCCACAUUGUGAAGAGAUUUUCCCAUUUCUAUCAAAGCUAAAAAUACACCUAAAAAUACACACAGGAGAGAAGCCUUACUCCUGCCCUGACUGUGGAACUAGUUUCUCUAAACUUUCCAACUUAAAAUCACAUGAACGUAUACACACAGGAGAGAAGCCUUACUUCUGCUCUGACUGUGUAAAAUGCUUCAAAACAUCAACUCAGCUAAAAGUUCAUCAGAGAACACACACAGGAGAGAAGCCUUACUCCUGCUCUGACUGUGGAAAAUGCUUCACAACGUCAACUGAUCUAAAAGUUCAUCAGAGAACACACACAGGAGAGAAGCCUUAUUCCUGCCCUGACUGUGGAACUAGGUUCUCUAAACUUUCCAACUUAAAAUCACAUGAACGUAUGCACACAGAAGAGAAGCCUUACUUCUGCUCUGACUGUGUAAAAUAUUUCAAAACAUCAACUCAGCUAAAAGUUCAUCAGAGAACACACACAGGAGAGAAGCCUUAUUCUUGCCCUGACUGUGGAACUAGGUUCUCUACACUUUCCAACUUAAAAUCACAUGAACGUAUACACACAGGAGAGAAGCCUUACUUCUGCUCUGACUGUGUAAAAUGCUUCAAAACAUCAACUCAGCUAAAAGUUCAUCAGAGAACACACACAGGAGAGAAGCCUUACUCCUGCUCUGACUGUGGAAAAUGCUUCACAUCGUCAACUGAUGUAAAAGUUCAUCAGAGAACACACACAGGAGAGAAGCCUUAUUCCUGCCCUGACUGUGGAACUAGGUUCUCUCAACUUUCCAACUUAAAAUCACAUGAACGUAUACACACAGGAGAGAAGCCUUACGUCUGCUCUGAAUGUGGAAAAUGUUUUAAAACAUCAAAUGAGCUAAAAGUUCAUCAGAGAACACACACAGGAGAGAAGCCUUAUUCCUGCCCUGACUGUGGAACUAGGUUCUCUAAACUUUCCAACUUAAAAUCACAUGAACGUAUACACACAGGAGAGAAGCCUUACUUCUGCUCUGACUGUGGAACUAGGUUCUCUAAACUUUCCAACUUAAAAUCACAUGAACGUAUACACACAGGAGAGAAGCCUUACUUCUGCUCUGAAUGUGGAAAAUGCUUCAAAACAUCAAAUGAGCUAAAAGUUCAUCAGAGAACACACACAGGAGAGAAGCCUUAUUCCUGCCCUGACUGUGGAACUAGGUUCUCUACACUUUCCAACUUAAAAUCACAUGAACGUAUACACACAGGAGAGAAGCCUUACUUCUGCUCUGACUGUGUAAAAUAUUUCAAAACAUCAACUCAGCUAAAAGUUCAUCAGAGAACACACACAGGAUAGAAGCCUUAUUCUUGCCCUGACUGUGGAACUAGGGUCUCUAAACUUUCCAACUUAAAAUCACAUGAACGUAUACACACAGGAGAGAAGCCUUACUUCUGCUCUGACUGUGGAAAAUGCUUCACAACGUCAACUGAUCUAAAAGUUCAUCAGAGAACACACACAGGAGAGAAGCCUUAUUCCUGCCCUGACUGUGGAACUAGGUUCUCUAAACUUUCCAACUUAAAAUCACAUGAACGUAUACACACAGGAGAGAAGCCUUACUUCUGCUCUGAAUGUGGAAAAUGUUUUAAAACAUCAAAUGAGCUAAAAGUUCAUCAGAGAACACACACAGGAGAGAAGCCUUUCUUCUGCCCUGACUGUGGAACUAGUUUCUCUCGACUUUCCUACUUAAAAUCACAUGAGCGUAUACAUACAGGAGAGAAGCCUUACGUUUGCUCUGACUGUGGGGCGAGUUUCUAUCAUCUCGGAACCUUAAAAACACACCAACGUAUACACACAGGAGAGAAGCCUUACUCCUGCUCUGACUGGAAAAUGCUUCAAAACAGCAAAUGAGCUAAAAGUUCAUCAGAGAAAACAAACAGGAGAGAAGCCUUACUUCUGCUCUGACUGUGGAAUUAGUUUCUCUCAACUUUCCCACUUAAAAAUACAUGAACGUAUACACACAGGAGAGAAGCCUUACUUCUGCUCUGACUGUGUAAAAUGUUUCAAAACAUCAACUCAGCUAAAAGGUCAUGAGAGAACACACACAGGGGAGAGAAAAAGGUUAAUCAGAGAACACAGGCAUGAGAGAAGCCUGCUUAUGUCUGCUCUGACUUUUGGGUGAGUUUCACUCACCAUAGCAACUUAACACACCAAAGACUAUAGACGUCUAGCCAAAGGCUGCGUGUUUGAAUCUCAUCAAUGACGACUUAGCAAUUUAGCUAACUAGCAACUUUGCAACUUCUUACUAAUUUUUAGCUAUGUUAGCAUGUUAGCUUAGCAUGCAACUACUUAGCAUGUUAGCUAACCUUUCCCCUAAACCCAUUUAACUCUACCUUAAACCCCUCACCCCUAACCUAGCUAACGUUAGCAACAACAAAUUGGAAUUCGUAACAUAUCAUACAUAUUACAAGUUCGUAACAUAUUGUAUGAAUAGCAAUGCGUAACAUAACAUAUGAAUUGUAAUUCUUAACAUCUGAUAUGUCCUACAAGUCGUAUUAUACUGAACAACAAUCUAAAUGGAACAAUUUCAAAGAUUUACAGUUCGUAUAAGGAUAUCAGUCAAUUGAAAUAAAUGAGGCCCUAAUCUAUGGAUUUCACAUGACUGGGCAGGGGCUCAGGCUUGGGUGGGACUUUGGAGGGCAUAGGCCCACUUGGGAGCCAGGCCCAGCCAAUCAGCAUGAGUUUUUCCCCACAAAAGGUCUUUAUUACAGACAUAAAUACUACUCAGCCCCCUCCCAGACAAUCCUGCAGGUGAAGAGGUCCUGGGCUGCCGUGGUUACAUGUGAUCUGCAUUUGUGAGGCCUGUUGGAUGUACUGCCAAAUUCUCUGAAAGGACUUUAGAGGUGUCUUAUGGUAGAGAUAUAAAUAUUGAGUUCUCUGGCAACAGCUCUGGUGGACAUUCCUGGAUUCAUCAUGACAAUUGCACAUUCUCUAAACUUGAGACAAAUGUGACAUUGUGUUGUGUGGCCUUUUAUUGUCCCCCAGCACAAGGUGCACCUGCGUAAUGAUAAUGCUGUUUUAUCAGCAUCUUGAUAUGCCACACCUAUCAGGUGGAUGGAUUAUCUUGACAAAGGCUGAAAUGCUAAUUAACAGGGAUAUAAACAAAGUUGUGCACAACAUUUGAGAGACAUUAGCUUUUUGUGCAUAUGGAACAUUGCUGGAUUUUUUUAUUUCAGCUCAUGAAACCAACACUUUAAACAUGUUUAGUUUAUAUUUUAGUUUAUUUACUGUGAUAGUCCAAACAUACUAAAAGGAGUGGCACUGAUGUUUUUUGUAUAAUAUAAAACGUUUUGCUCUGAGACCAGGUUGUCCCUCUGCAGUAUUCUGUGGGAAGGAGCUAGUAUACACUUUUUAAUUGUUUUUAUUGAACCUUUGUUUAACUAGUUAAGUCAGUUAAGAACCAAUUCGUAUUAACAAUGGUGGCCUAGGAACAGUGGGUUCAGAUUUUUACCUUGUCAGCUCGGGGAUUCGAUCUUGCAACCUUUUGGUUACUGGCCCGCUCUAACCACUAGGCUACCUUCCACCCAUAACAUGUAUCAGAUAGAGAUGGUGUGAUGAUCACUUUUCACCAUUAGUUUGGGGAGGAUUGUUUUACAACUUUAUUUAAUGAUACGCAGUUUAUGAAAUGAAUACAUGUGUUUAUUAAUUGACUUUAAAACUAGAUGAGUUAUUUUAGUUACUGAUCAUGAAUGUGUUUGGAUAACUGCAUUGAAGCAAACUUUAUUGAUCUGCCAAUGAAAAAUAAAGUUACAUGAAUAUGUA